GGGGGGGUGAUUGAAAUCAGGCCUGCCCGUACAAACAGUGGCGUUGUUAUCUGGGCUCCCUCUGUCCCUCUUCACACUGCAGCUAUCAGGUGGCCACACUGCAUUGGAAAGGAUCUGCUGAAGUGAUGCCUCGAAAAAGCUGUGGCAGAGUUUGCUGCAGAGGCCUGUACAGCUGCCACUGGGAGACGAAACUGAGAGAAGACCAUCCAGGAAAACAUGCCUGCUGCGGGUUCUCAGUCGUCCUCUUGGUGUCCCUGCUUUCUCUUUGCUGGAUGUACAUUUGUCUGGUUACGUUCAACGACCAAGAGGAUGUUAACUGGGAGGGUUUCAAAAUGCUGAAACGUUGGGUGAAUUUCUUCAUGUUGGGAAUCAUCGUUUCUGCAGUGUUGACCAGCUACUGCGUCCUGCUCCUGCUCAUUGCACUGUUUCAUGUUGCCAUAGGAGAGAAGCUGGAUUUACACUGGUUUCACAUGAUCUUCCUGUCUCUUGGUGUUCUUUUUAUAGCUUCUGGGCUCACAGGAAUUAGUCUCAAGUGGAAACAAGAGUGGCCAACAGUUCCUCUUUCACUGCAGGCCACCGGUCCUUUCCUGCAGUUUGGUGCUGUCGUAGCUCUGACUCUGCUCAGUCCAUUGGUCUUCAGGUGCUUCCUGAGGUCCAAAAAUGCAGGGUGUAAGGUCCUCAUUGCUCUCGUCUUCGUGGUGAUCUCAGCAGCCAUCUUCCUGUGUCCGCUGCUUAUCCAUUCUCCUUGUCUGCUGAGUGAAUUACCUGAGAAACCAAAGCUGAUUGGCCACAGAGGUGCCCCAAUGAAAGCUCCAGAGAACACCAUCAUGGCCUUCAACAGGAGUGUUGAGUGUGGUGUCACAGCCUUCGAGACUGAUGUCCAGCUCAGUAAAGACAGAAUUCCUUUCCUGAUGCAUGACAACGGCUCUGACUUUUUGUUGAGAACGACUAAUGUCAAGCAGAAGUUUCCCGAUACCCACUUCAGCCACAGUGCAAACCUGACAUGGGAGGAGUUGCAAAGUUUAAAUGCUGGUGAAUGGUUUGUGGAGACAGAUCCUUUUCAUACAGUGAGGCAACUUUCGGAAGAUGAGAAGAAAGCUGCUCAGAAUCAGUCCAUACCUUCGUUACUUCAGCUGCUCAACCUCGCCAAAGAACACAACAUCUCUGUAAUAUUUGACCUCUAUAGUCCCGACCAAGAGAAUGAUACUAAUGACACCGUUAGAACCAUCUUGAGUUCAGGCAUUGACCCAAGUCUGAUCCUCUGGCUACCACCAGAUGAAAGAGACGCCGUGAGCUUGGCUGCUCCAGGUUUCAUUCAGGUUUAUAACAACUUAAAAGAAAUGCUGAACAAACGUGGAACCCACCUGAAUAUGAAAUACAGCAAACUGAGUACAGAGGAGAUCAGAGAGCUGCGAAGCCACAACAAGACAGUCAACCUGUGGGUGGUUAAUGAGCCCUGGCUCUUCUCUCUGCUGUGGUGUGCAGGGGCCAGCUCCGUCACCACCAACUCCUGUCACCUCCUCAGAGACAUGGAGCGGCCCAGCUGGGUCAUGUCUCCUCUACAGUAUAGGAUAGCAUGGACUGUGGUGGAUGCUGUAGCAUUUCUGCUGAUGACUGCACUCUUCAUCGUUCAGAGGACGACACACAGUCACAGCAGAGAAAAAGAGAAGAGAGGAGACAAUACUUCAGCCUGGAACGAAUUGAUGCCCUUCUUACCCACCGUGUAGACCGCGAUUGAAUCCAGGAGAACUUUCACUCCAGGAAUGUCUGAAUUACAAUUCUGGAGGACGGAUAAGUACAAUUUAUAUGCAUUACUUCUUUUUCUGUGAAAGAAAAUCAAGUUGAAUGUGAAAUGAAUUAACUGGUUUUAUGAAAUUGUUUUUCAAUGUGUGACUUCUAAGAUGUGACCAAGGUUAAUAAAAUUUCUAUUUUUUACAAAAACCUCUAAGACAUUGCUGGUGCCGUUAAAAUGUAUCUUUUAUCUACUUAUAUUUUAAGAUGUGACUUGAGAUGUGAAAUGGUUGACUUUAUUCAAAUCUCCAAUUUUUGUACAUGUAAGCUGUGAAUAGUUUUUUUAUGUACCUGAAGAAAUAUAUUGUUACAUAUAUUUUAAGAUAAGCUCAAGCAUUAAAACUUUUUCUUUCUUUUUUCUACUAAAAGAAUAAGUAACAGGGUGUUUUGUUUUUGCAAUUUCCUUUCUUUGCUGUAUGCUUGAAUAGUUUGCA